AUGUCUGGCGGAAAUGACAACCAACAUGAUGGUGAUAAAAUGGGUACGGACGUCGGCCUGAUGGGUUUCGGUGCUGGCAAAGGAUCGGGGCAGCUGUCCAUUGGCGAGUGGUCCGAGAGGGAUAGCCAUGACUCGCUUGAGAUUGCAUCGGACAAGGUGAUUACAAAGGGGACUGGGGAGAACGAGAGGGGCUCGAGCUCCACGGAACUUGUUGCCGCCGGUGAAAUGGUGGAAGAGGGCCAUGGGGAUGAAGGCCUCGAGCGGGAAAUCAGGCGAUCCGCGAGAGCACGAAAGCUCAUCGAGAGCCUCUUCACCGUCGAGUAA